AUGAACAUCAGAGUCAACAACAUUCUGCGUGAAUACAACCCGCCUCCGGUGGCUAACUCUCCUUCUCCUUCUCCUUCUUCUCCAAGUCUUGCCGCUUCGACUACUGCAUCUUCGACUGUAGCAGAUUCUGUACCUUGUCUUAUAUCCAAAAAAUGCCAGCAAGUUGCGAGAGACAAAGCACCACCUGACAGCGAAGAGCUUGGCUGCGACAGCGCCGCUCUAGAGUCGGGCUACUUCCGCUGUGUCUGUGCCAAAACACGGUUUCUGGGCCACAACGACUAUUUCUCUGCGCAUUGUGUACUUCAAGAGUGUAAAGGCGACGGCGAUAAGAGAGCUUUUAUAAAGCAGUACAAAGACGGUUGCAAGCAGAUAGGAGAGACUCUAGCAGAUAUUCCUAAGGAAUGGACCCCGUUUAUGAAACCGCGUGCAUCGAGUUCAUCACAGCAUCCUCCAAGUACAACAGGUGGUAAUACACUUGCCAGUGGUACUCCUAGCACCACUACAGCACCAAGCGCGACACCCGACCCAACCAAAACUCCAUCGCCAACCCCAUCUUCUUCUCCCGUAGCUGCAAUUUUAUCAACCCCCCAAAGUACGCCCAACACAGCCGUCAUCGCAGGAAGCGCCGUCUCCGCAGUCGUCAUCUUCGUCCUCCUCAUCGGCCUUGCAAAACUCUACUACGACACCAGGAAGAAAGCAAAACAGCUCCGCGUCGCGAAUGCCCAGCUGGAAGAUGCAACGAAUCCAGAUGGUGUCUCGAACCGCAUCGUGACGCUCAUGGCCGGGUCAGAUAGAGCAUCUGUAGCGUCUCGAGGUAGCCCUGUAAGCGAUGCGCGCGACGCAGCCGCUUUUCUGAAUGGAAAUACGGCAGCGCAUAACGCGGAGAUGGCAAUUGCAGCAGCUGCACAAUCCAGUGUGAGUGGGGAUUAUACGGAGUAUGGAUCUGAUAAAUAUGACGGGUUCGUUUCUGAAUAUACGGGGUAUGGUAGGGAGGAUGGGGGCAGUGCUGCGCGCUCUUACGACGGAGGGGUCGUUGGUGCGGAGAGGAGGUUCUCGGAGGUUUCAGAGAGUGAUUAUGGGAGUGUGAAGUAUUAG